AAGACUGAAACUGGAAAAGGUGAAGAAAUGGGUGUUUCAGAAAUCAAAGACGAGUCGGCACUUCAAAGCCUGUUGUCAUCAGCCUCAAAUCAACUGGUGGUACUGCACUUUUCAGCAGCAUGGGCUCCUCAAUGCAAACAAAUGAAUGAAGUCAUGGAGGAACUCUCUAAAGAUUCCCAGUAUAAUAAUGUACAGUUUGCUAAGUUGGAAGCUGAGGAUGUACCAGAAAUCUCUGAGAAAUAUGAAAUAACAGCAGUACCCACAUUUAUAUUCAUCAAGAACAAAUCCCAGGUGGACAGAAUUGAUGGUGCCAAAGCGGCAGAUCUGACAAAAAAAGUAAAACUUCUGUGUUCAGGACAAGGGGGCGUGCCACCGCCAGCGGAAGACAAGAAGCCAAUUCAGGAUUUAAACACCAGGCUGAAAAAUUUGAUCAACUCUGCACCAGUCAUGCUAUUUAUGAAGGGAGACCCAGAGCAACCGAGAUGUGGUUUCAGUCGGCAAAUCACACAGCUACUGAAAGAACGAGGAAUCAAAUUCAGUUCUUUUGAUAUCCUGCAAGAUGAAGAAGUCAGACAAGGAUUGAAGACAUAUUCCAACUGGCCCACAUAUCCACAACUUUACGCAAAUGGAGAGCUGAUAGGAGGGGUGGACAUUGUGAAGGAACUAAUCGAGUCCGGGGAACUGGAGGCCCAGCUACCAAAACAAACCAGUCUGGAAGACAGAUUGAAGGGUCUGAUCAACAAAUCAGAUGUCAUGUUAUUUAUGAAGGGUGAUCCCGACACCCCCCGCUGUGGAUUCAGUAAGCAGACGACAAGCAUACUGGCUGAUACUGGCGUGAAGUAUGAUACCUUUGAUAUUCUUUCUGAUGAGGAGGUAAGACAAGGUUUGAAGAAGUAUUCUAAUUGGCCGACUUAUCCCCAACUGUAUGUUAAAGGAGAGUUGAUUGGUGGAUUAGACAUCAUCAAGGAAUUGAAAGAAUCUGGAGAGCUUGAAUCUGUAUUGAAAGGACAGUAAAACUUAUACGCAAUGGGAGAGAACUAUGACUAGUGCUAGCCAACUCUGUUGUCAUUUGUAAAAUGAUGCACAUAUAUAUAUAUAUUAAUGGUUAUGUCAUUUACACAUGAUUGGUAUGUGCAUUCUGUAUCAAAAUGUUGAAAUAUGGUCUGUUCAUGAUAUUCCACUUAAAAAAUAAAUGGAGCUUUUAAAAGAAGAAAAUGUA